AUGUAUCGGCCAAAUUUCUACGAAUCAACGUGUCUAAGAUGCAACGAAGUGGUUUAUCAAGUGGAUAGGGUAGGUCCACUGAAAGAUUUUACUUUCUUCCACUCUGGAUGCUUCAAGUGCAAACGGUGUGGAACCAAACUUACCUUAAAAACCUACUACAACAACCAACAUAACCAAGAUGAUAAAGAGGUUUAUUGCUGCUCUCACGUUCCAAAAAGUGGUCCUGGUCACUUCGAUCAAACAUCCGUUGGUAUUCGGCAGGCUCUCAAUGUGCCAAAGAGCACGAACUACGUAAAUGAGCAAAUUCGUGGUCAUCGGAAUGAUGGUGUCGACGGUGGUUUACAUUCUCCCCUAUUUGUCACGUCUGUUUCCCAACUCUCCUCCCCCAUAGGAGCCCAACGAUUAGGAACGCCGAAUGGAUACAACAAUGGUAGCAAAGAAGGUUACACAACACCUCAAACCGAGUCCGAUUACAAGUAUGGACGUUUUGAUGCAAGCGCAUUACACAUAGCGCAUGCAUUGAAGCAGACAGAGAUUCAGAAAGCUUACGACAAGCCACGGGAAAAACCGAUCGAUUAUUAUCUAGCCCGUGAUGAGCAGGCAAAGUUGGAGAUGAAACACCGAAAAGAAGAGGAUGAUUUGUAUAGAAAGUUUGCAAGGAAAAGAGAAGAAGAGGAUCGUCGAAUGCAGAACGAGAUUCAGGAUGAAUGGGAGCGCGAGCUACAACGGUUGACGCACAAGUUUGACAAGGAAUUAACCACCAGCCGGAGAUCGCGAGAGGAUCAAAAUAUACUGACGCUCAAGCAUGAGCAACAGAAGGAAGAUUUGGAAAAGAACAUGACCAUACGGAAAACUAAAAAAAAGGAAAGUCUAACGAGAAAAUUAUUGGAGCACGAACGGUCUGAGACCGCAGCGCUAGUCGAUCGGCAGUCAAGCGAAAUGCUUGAACUGAUCAGCGUCCGGCGCAGCGAAUAUAUGCAAAGUGAAAGCAUUUUUCUCGACGAUGAUAUCAACGAAACCGUAGUGGCCUUAGAAUAUCCACUCGUUGCGCCUAAGCCGGCACCCCCGGCGUUGAGCAAAUUUCAGGUGUACAAUGAUCCGGUCGAGUUUCAGGACGUCGAUCAGAUCGCGAUAACCGUCGCACAGGAAGACCAGAAAACCUUUACUGAUUUAGUACGGCAGCUAGUUGGCCGCUGUACAUCGGACAUAGAGAAGGCUCGCACCAUUUUUCGGUGGAUAACAGUAAAGAACCUGAAUACUAUGACGUUUGAGGACAACUUGCGUGGCGAUACCCCAAUGGGGUUACUACGAGGUAUCAAAUUCGGCACGGAAAGUUAUCACGUUCUUUUUAAACGACUGUGUAGCUACGCCGGCCUCCAUUGCGUCGUAAUUAAGGGUUACUCAAAAAGUGCAGGAUAUCAACCAGGAGUGAAGUUUCAAGACUCAAGAUUUCGCAACUCUUGGAAUGCUGUUUAUGUGGCCGGCGCAUGGAGGUUCGUGCAGUGCAACUGGGGGGCACGCCAUCUCGUUAACGCGAAGGAAGCCCCCAAAACCGGAAAAGGCAAAAAUGAUAGUCUGCGGUACGAGUACGACGACCACUACUUCCUUACCGACCCACGGGAGUUUAUUUAUGAGUUUUUCCCGCUACAAGAAGAGUGGCAGCUGUUGAAACGACCAAUAACGCUGACCGAAUUUGAAAAUUUACCUUUCGUACGAUCAUUAUUUUUUCGCUAUGGUCUUCAUUUUGCCGACGAUGGCUAUGGUGCGGUUGUAUACACGGAUGAGACAGGUGCCGCGACCGUCAGAAUAGCAAUGCCGUCGAAUAUGCAGGGAUGUUUAAUUUUCCAUUAUAAUCUUAAAUUCUACGACAGCGACGAAGAUUUGUUCAAUGGUGUGUCUCUAAAGCGUUUUGUAAUGCAGUCCGUAAUCAGUAAUGUGGUUGCGUUCCGCGUACACGCGCCUUGUUCUGGUGCCUUUUUGCUCGAUAUUUUUGCAAAUGCAGUCACCCCGCAGGAAUAUCUCACAGGAGAGCCGAUGAAAUUCAAAAGUGUUUGUAAGUUCAAAAUCUGUUGUGAGGAACUGCAAACCGUUAUGGUACCCUUGCCUGACUGUGCCAGCGGCGAAUGGGGUCCUACAAAGGCUACCAGACUGUUUGGACUCAUUCCAAUUACUCAUCCGGAACCGCUCAUAUUUGCCGGACGUGCUAUCGAACUGCAGUUUCGUAUGUCUCGACCACUGACAGACUUCAUGGCUACGUUACACAAGAAUGGAGUCGAAGAAAAGAAACUAUCAAAAUACGUUCAGCAAACAAUACUCGAUGACAUGAUAACAUUUAAUAUAAGCUUCCCGGAAGAAGGACAAUACGGCUUGGAUAUCUACACAAGGGAAGUAGGAACGGUGUCACACAACAACAACCCUUUAAACGAGAAACAUCUGCUCACACACUGCUGCAAGUACCUCAUCAAUUCGUCCAAAAGGAACUGAUGCCGAAUUCAGGAUAGGUCGGGAGCCCUUAUUUGAGUGGACGCAUGUACUGUAAUAGUUAACAUUUGCUGUGCAUAUUUUAAACGAAAUUUACCAUUACUAAUAUUUUCGGAACAAAUUAAAAGAAAAACAAACACUUAAUAACAAAUGUACGUUCACCAUAACUCGUAUUCUUAGUACAAUUGAAUUAUUUUUAAUCGUGGUAAUGUAAUGAUUAAAAUA